AUGUCUUCUGCUAAGCCUACUUUCGUCCUCGCGCCUGGUGCGUGGCACAAGGAGACCUGCUACUCUCCCGUCCAGCAGAUCCUCAACGCCAAGGGAUACGACGUCGAGGCUGUCGAGUACCCCUCUGUCGGCGCCGUGCCCGCUACCAAGGGUCUCGCUGACGACGCCGCUGCCGUCAGGGCCGUUCUUCAGAGACUUGCCGAUGAGGGCAAGGAGAUUGUUCUCGUCGUCCACUCUUACGGUGGUCUCGUCGGCGCCAAUGCUGUUGAGGGCUUGGGCUUCAAGGAUCGUGCCAAGGAGGGCAAGAAGGGCGGUGUCAUCACCUUUGUAUACCUCACCGCAUUCGUCGUGCCGCUCGGCAAGAGCAUCAAGGAGAUGCUUGGUGGCCAGUUCCUGCCGUGGAUGAAGUUUGAGGAUGACGGCCGUGUUUUCGCCCUCACUCCCGAGGAGAUCUUCUACCAUGACGUCCACCCUGAUAUCCAGAAGAAGUCCAUCGAGGAGCUGCAGCACCAGUCUUCUCCCGUCUUCUCUGAUGUCGUCACGCACGAGCCGUGGCACACCAUCGACUCCAUGUACUUCUUCUGUGAAGAUGACAAGGCGAUUCCUCAUGCCAUUCAGCAGAACAUGGCCACCCUCCUUGGCCCCAACGGCUUCACUUACACGACAAAGGCAUCCCACUCCCCAUUCUUGUCUGUUCCCAAUGAGGUUGUGAGCGGUCUGGAGCACGCUGCCAAGAUUGGCCAGGAGAGAGUCAGGGCAUAG